AUGAAUGAAUUAGAAAAUAACGUGAAUGUACCAGCGGAUGUUAGCAGAGAUAAUGAGAGUGAAGGAGACGAUAACAUUGAGAACUUACUCUCCGAAUAUUACAAAUACUUAGAAAGAGCUCAUAAACAACAAAGGGCAUACGAAAAUUACAAAUCUAAAAAUGAAAUAGCAUUUGUUCCUCAACAAAAACAAGUAAAAGCAAAAGCUUCAGUCAAAUCUGGCGCUUACAGUUCUAAUUAUGACCACCCGAAGUACUACAGAUACCCUUAUUCACAGCACAGGUCUUUCAGUUUAUUUUGGCCGUCCAACCAAAAUGGUAAUUACGUACCGAAUCUUCAACGCAUAUCAAAAUCAGAUGUAUCUGCAUACCACGAUUACGGAAUGCAAAACAAAAAGUCACCGUCAAACGAGUUCAAACCGAUUUAUGACUGGAUACAAUCUCAAUGUUACUGCAAAAUGAAUAAAGUUCCAUGCGAGUGUGAUUGCAAACAAUGUCUAAAUCCUAUACAAUAUGUUCCUGGAAUGGGCCUUAGUAACGAAAAAACUAAUACAGUUAUUUCCAGUAAAUUGUAUGGAAAGAGUAAUAAAGACGAAACUGCAAAUGUAUUCAAAGAUGCUAUUAAUCUCAAAAUAAAAGUCACCUUGUCGUUGCAGAACUUGUCACAAAUUUUAUAUAAUAGAAAUAGUACUAAACAAUUACAGGACGAAUCUUCGGAAAGCGGCAAGAUAAGCAUUCCAUUAACUUAUUUAGAUUUUCCAAUGCCUUUGAAUAUGUUUGCUAAUCAGAAAAAUAUGGAUUCCGGUGCAUCGCAUAAAAUUACAGUUCACAAAAAGAAAAAAACCCGAUUUAAUAAUAAUAAAAAGCACAAGAAGAAAAUGAUAACGGUACACAAAAUUUUAAUACAGCCACAUCAAUUAUUUGACGAUCAUAAAAUAGAAAAUGAAAAUGUAACUGAGAAGAAAAUUGAAAGUACACAAAACAUUACUGAAAAAAAUUAUUUCAUAGCAGACAAAAUGCCCAAUAAUACAAAAAUACAUACGGAUGAAAGUAUUUCUUUGCUGAUAAAUAUAACUAACAACGAAGAUGAGAAUGCAACAGAAGUGACACAUGCAAUUCCAAACAGCAUCGAGACUGAAAAUACCGUUAAGAUUACUAACAUAAACAACAGUACACCAAAACCUUCGACCACGCGUCUAAAACGAAGUUUACUGUUAAGCAACUCAACAACAGCAGAUUUAAUAUUAUCAAAUAAUCAAACAAUAAAUGAAAUGAAAGUAGUUAAGGAAAAUAAUAACGCGACUUCAAUAAAACUUGAUAAAAAGAUUUUUAAACAUAAAAAAGCCGAUAAAUGGGCAUUUGUCGAUGAGGAACUGUUACAUUGGCCCGACAACCAAAAGAAAUCGACAGAAAAUAAUACUAGAGAUCUAACGGCUAUAAUUUUAGAAAGGGAGAAAAAUAAAACAAGAAUUAGUAUAAGCAAAGACACUAUAAGACGUAAUCACACAAAAGCAUUAGAACAAGCUAUAUUUGGCGAAGUCGACUGGAACGAUAUCGAUAUUGUAGCUCCAGCAUUUCUAUCGUUCGUAGGAAAAUAUUUAAGCGGUGCAUUAACAUUCUGUUCUACAAAAAUAUGUCAUUCAAUGAAAUGUGGAAAUAAAAUUUGUUUUCAUAGGAUUUGCAAACCAGAAGAAAGAUUAAAUAACAAAGGUCAUUGUGUAGGAUCGAAUAGUACAGGUACGAGUAUGUGCUAUUUUUAA